AUGUCGUUCUCAACCAUAGAUCUGUUGGUGUGCUUUACUUGUGGUGUUCAGUACGACGUUAGUGCGGGGUUGAAUUCGUGCAAGAUCUGUGACGAUCCACGUCAAUAUGUACCUCCAACCGGUCAAUCCUGGACAUCUCUCAGAAGCUUACAGUCAGCAAAGGAAAACUAUCGCAAUGUCUUCACGACUGACCCAUUCAAUCCCAACUUAAUUACCAUACAUACUGUUCCGAAACUGGGUAUUGGGCAGAGAGCAUUUCUCUGUCUUAGCGGUCCGGCUUCUGGUAAUGUUCUAUGGGACUGUAUCACCUAUCUCGACGAGGAAACAAUUCGGCAUGUGAAAUCUCUGGGUGGAAUCCGCGCCAUCGUGAUUUCGCAUCCUCAUUACUUUUCCACCAGUGUUCAAUGGGCCGAGGCGUUCAAUUGUGAUCUAUUUAUUUCCGCGGAAGAUGAACAGUGGGUUGGAAAUAGAGGUGAUGGCAAAAGGCUAAAGCUUUGGAAUGGACAAACACUCCCCCUUCUUUCUCCCGACCCCAAUGGAGCUCAAGGUGAAUCAGACCUCAUGGCAAUUAAGACGGGAGGGCAUUUCCCUGGGAGUUCUGUUCUAUGGUGGAAAUCGACUAAAAAGCUGUUCAUUGCCGACACUAUUAUGAUUGUUCCGAGUGGACUUUACAAAGUGGACCGCCUCCCGGGCACCUCGUCUUUUUCAUUCAUGUGGUCAUAUCCAAACCUUAUUCCUCUUCCUCCAGAUGAGAUACAUGGUAUUUGGAAAGCCAUUAAAGACAUCCAUUUUGAAGAUACCCAUGGAGCCUUCUUGGGACAGGAAAUUAGAGGCAAUAGCAAGGCAUUGAUUCUUGAAAGUGGGAAAAUUGUGGUCAAGGCGUCUGGUCACCUUCAACAUCCGCUGCUGAACGAAGUCUAG